AUGUCCUCCGCCAUCGCCAGCACUAGCGAACCCGCGGUUGGCGCGCUCGAAGCCGCCAAAGCGAUACGGGAGCUCCGGGACACCUUCGACCAUGCAAUGCUGCGCUUGGAGAUGCAGCUGCAGACUAUCAAUAGCACGCUGCAGUCGUCGUUGUCCACUGAGCAGCCAAUGCCAGCUCUUGAACCUCUGAAGGAAGAUAUACAAGCGAUGCAAGACAUUUUGCGCUUCGAAAUGAGAGCUAUGGACAUCUCGCUUAAGCAAGGGCUGAAGCACGCGUUCGAAUUCAUGAGCAACGCCGGUCUCUCCGGCGGUGUGGACGCGCAUGACGAAUGA